AUGGCUUUAAAUAUUCGAGAAAACAGAUCGAAAAUUCUAAGAUAUUCAUUUGUAUUUCUUAAUAUAUUAUUUAUAUUUUUAACUCUCCUUUAUCAUUUUUUAAAUUGGAAUAAAAUUUCUACUUUCAUUAUAUCUUUUAUUACAUUAUCAUUGUUAUCUGCUACACUCGGUAAAUUAACUGAAAUUAUCGAAGAAGAAAUUGGUGGAACUUAUAUUUCUGUCUACGCUAAUUUAGCUACAAAUAUUCCUGAAAUAAUAAUUGGGAUUGUUAGCAUGAAAAAUGGACAUAUCGAAAUUGCAAAAUUAUCUUUAGUUGGAUCUGUAUUAUCUAACCUAUCAUUCGUUUACGGAUUUACUAUUUUAAUAUCUGGUUUAAAAUUCAAACAACAACAUUUUAACGCAAAAAAUGCUGAAUUAACAACUAUACCUGUUUUAUUUGCCGCAUUAUCCUUUGUAUUAUUGAUAUUAUUCAAUCUCGAACAUUAUAAUACAAUCAUCGAAGGAGAAAAAAUACUAUUCUUAUCUAGAUUUGAUUUAUUCACAUUUAUCACACCUUCUCUUGGAGUUACUUUUACUGGUUUUAUCUUAGUCCCAUGUAUAGGAAAUUUAACUGAACAUGCGAUAGCUGUUGUUUUUGGAAUUAAAGAUAAAAUGGAUAUCGUUAUUGAUAACACUGGAGGAUCCGCUAUUCAAAUUAUCUAUUUUGUCUUACCAAUAAUCGUGAUCAGUGGAUGGAUCAUGAAUUUAUCUGUUAGCAUAUAUUUCUCUCCAUUCAUAUCAUUUAGUAUAGUCCUUUGUUCAUUUAUAUUUAAAUUAUUUAUUAUUGAUGGUGAAUCAAAUCUUAUAGAAGGAAUGAUUUCAAUCUUGUUAUAUGAUUCAUUACAAAAUAUUUUUUUUUAUGAAAUUUACGAUGAUGAAACUAUAAUAAAUACUGUAAUGUCAUAUAUCGAAUCAAAACCAAAAAAUUAUGACAGUAACUCAAUUCUCAUAUAUAAUGAAUUAAAAUAUCAAUUCGAAAUUGAUGUUGAAGACGAAACUUUACGUCGCAUGAAUUGGAAAAAUUCUGAUAUUAAAAAUACUUAUGAUUUUAGAUUAAUUCAUGAUGAAGUAAAAAAAAUAAAUUUAAAUUAUUCCUCAAUAAUCGCAAAAUUCGAUACUAAUGAUAAAAUAAAAGAUUAUGAGGAAUCUAAAGAAUUCAAAUAUAUUGUUAAUCGUGAAUCUUUAAGACAAUAUAGAUUAUUAUAUUAA